UGCUCGGGAAGGGCAGCGGGACACGGAGUCGGGGUGCUCGGCGCCUUUCACACACCCUCACCCCGGAUUCCUGACAAACACCGCUCUGCCUCGGACGCUGCUUAAAAAUGCUGGGAACCACGGAGGACGCUGGCUGGCUUUUUUGGAGAGUAAUGGCGUGUGGGAGACAGAGCAGAGGCAGCAAGAGGCAAGUGAUCUUGUUUAUUCUAUGCGCUUGCGUGUGUCAGAGCGGGGCCGAAACCCUCCGCUAUUCUCUGGCGGAGGAAAUGGAGAGGGACUCCUUUGUCGCCAAUAUUGCAAACGACCUGGGGGUUUCUCCGAGCCAGCUCGCAGCUCGCAAGGCCCGUGUUGUGUCCGAGGGGAGCGAGCAGCUUUUCCGCCUUAAUCAAAACACUGGAAUCCUGACGGCAAAGGAGUCGCUGGACCGAGAGGAGAUCUGUCCGCAGAGCGAUACGUGUACCCUCUUCUUUAAGAUAUUCUUUGAAAAUCCCUUGCAGCUGAUCCGAGGGGAGGUGGAGGUUCGUGACGUGAACGACAACUCCCCCGAGUUCCCGGAGAAGGAGAUGGUUUUAGAGAUUCUGGAAACGGCACCACCCGGGUCCCGCUUCCCUCUGGAAGGCGCCCAGGACAAGGACGUGGGCAGCAAUGGCUUGCAGAACUACAGCCUCGGGUCCAAUUCGCAUUUCUCUCUCGCUCUCGGAACAGGGAAAGACGGAGUAAAAUACGUGGAGCUCGUCCUAGAGCGGCAGCUGGACCGCGAAGAGCAGCGAGAGCUCAAUUUACUCCUCACCGCCACCGACGGGGGCUCGCCACCCAGGUCGGGCACAGCUCACGUCCGGGUCGUGGUGCUGGAUGCUAAUGACAACAUCCCGGUCUUCGGUAGGGAGGUCUACGAGGUGCGCCUGGCCGAGAGCAGCCCCCCGGAGCAGCUGGUAGUCAGAGUCGUGGCCGUGGAUCCUGACGAAGGGUCCAAUGGGAAAGUGCGGUAUGCUUUCACCCAGACAUCGGAGCGGUCCCGGCAGCUCUUCGAGCUGAACCCUGUCACUGGGGAGAUACGGCUGGCGGGCAAUCUGGACUUUGAGGAAGCGAAGAACCACAAGAUGGUAGUGAGAGGCACAGACGGUGGGGGGCUGUCUUCGCAUUGCAAAGUGCAGGUGGAGGUCCUGGACGUGAAUGACAACGCCCCGGAGAUAGCGCUCACCUCCCUCACCGCCUCCAUUCCCGAAGAUGCCCCGCCCCGGACUGUGGUGGCCCUGUUCAGUGUGCGGGACCGGGACUCCGGGGACAACGGCAGGACGGAGUGCACAAUCGAUGGGAACUUGCCCUUCAGUCUCAGUCGCACUUUCGAUAAUUACUAUGAGCUGAGGACAAACGCGGCGCUGGACAGGGAGAGGACGGCAGAGUAUAACAUCACCAUCACAGCCAUGGACUGGGGCACGACGCGGCUGAGCUCUCAGGAAAGCAUCUUCGUGCAGAUAUCAGACGUGAACGACAAUCCCCCGGAGUUCACGCAGGAGAUUUACACCAUGUCGGUCACGGAGAACAACAGCCCCAUGCUCCAGAUCGGCAGCGUGAACGCCAUAGAUGCCGACGCGGGAAAAAACGCCCGCGUGAGAUACGCGCUGGUGCGCCAGGAGAGCAAGGAGCAGCACAACGUGUCGGUCAAUUCUGAAAAUGGGGAGGUUUAUAUCCUCCGCCCGCUGGACUACGAGGAGGUGCGCGCUUUCGAGGUGAUGGUGCGCGCCGCCGACAGCGGGUCGCCGCCGCUCAGCGCUCAGGCCGUGCUGCGCGUGGUGGUGCGGGACGAGAACGACAACGCACCCGUCCUGCUGCACCCGCCCCCCGACAGCAGCGCGACGGCGGGCGAGCUGGUGCCGCGCUGGGCACGGGAGGGCUACCUGGUGGCCAAGGUGGUGGCGGUGGACGCGGACGAGGGGCAGAACGCGUGGCUGUCGUACGAGCUGGCGAAGGCGACGGAGCCGGGGCUGUUUCGCGUGGGGCUGCACAGCGGCGAGGUGCGCACGGCGCGGGCCGUGGCGGAGAGGGACACGCCCCGCCAGAGGCUAGUCGUGCUAGUGCGGGACCACGGGCAGCCGCCGCGCUCCUCCACCGCCACCCUCGGCGUCGCCCUGGUGGAUGGCUUCUCUGACGCCCAUCUGCGGGUGAUCGAGGAGGCACCGGCCGCCGAGCCUGAUGGGCUGCUGACCCUGUACCUCAUCGUCUGCCUGGCCUGCGUGUCGGCACUAUUCCUGGCCACCGCGGUGGCCACCGUGGUGGUGAGGGUGCGGCGGGCCAGGAAGAGAGAGGCAGAGACCUUGCCCACGUUCCCGAAGGCUGCCACGGAGAGCAACGCGGGGUCCCUGCCCCGCAGCUAUGUGUACGACGUCUGCUUUGCUGCUGGCACCGUCAACAGCGAGUUUCGGUUCCUCAGGCCACUCUUCCCCUGCUUCCCCUCCAGGCUGCCCCCCGGCCCGGGCGAACAGCGAAGCUCGGUGUGCUCGCAAGAGGUGGCCAACCUCGGGGAAGAAGGCGACUGGGCUGCACAGGGCAGAGCUCCCCUCUCUGAAGAGCCAGGUCCCAGACCUGUGGAAGCAGCUUGCACUGCAAACAGGGGGAUGGAGCUAAACAUCAAUUCUGAUCAAAACCCUUGGCUCACCCAUCAGUAAGCGAGGAGAAAGACAAGCAUGUCUGUCCUCACUGGCUAACGUCCCCACAGGGAAAAGAGAAUGAAGAGAACAAGCACCCACCAAAAAAGGACCGGGGAAGUGAAAGGCUUCUCUGUGAGAGAGCAAAACCACUCUCCUCUUGAGCAGUACUUUAUUCAUGUAGGUAUUUUGUAAUUGUGAUAUGGCUGGAAGAGGACUGUGUUGCAUGUUGAUUACACCGAGACUUGAUGUAUGAUUUUGAGAGUGCUACUGCUUCUAGAUGUCAAGGUAAAUCCUGAAAACUGGAAGCAGACCUUCAAGAUAACUUUUUCCUACAUCACCUUUUCUGUGGUAUUUUUUGUUUGGUUGUCUGUUUUUCUUAUGGAGAGGGCUCUGUAACUGUGUCUUAAUUUUCUGCAGUCUGUGCAACACCAGGCCAAACAGAUAUCAUUAAGCAAAAUCAAGUGGUGUCUGCAAAGUAACUCCUUAAUAACAAGCAGAAGCUGAUUACAUUAGAAACGGCUGGCAUCAUUGGCACACUUCGCAUAUUUGAACAGGAGUUUACAGGUUCUUCGUACUGUAAGAUUGAGCUCUGAAGCUUUGAGCAAAAUAUUCUCUCCUUUUUUUUUUUUUUUGUAAUGUGAAGUUGAAAUGAACAUUUCAGGAUUUUUCAGUAUAAGGUAGUAGAGAAUUAAAAGUGCUGUUUGUGGUUUUACGGUAAAAUAGGCUAAAACAUUUACAUUAAACUUAAGGCACUGUAGAACAUAGAGCAUCAAGAAGUUUUCUCUCAUUAAUAGGUAUUGAUCUAUAAUGUAACGUGAUAUUUCCUGUCGCUCACACAUUUUUAAGAGUCAAAUGCCUGAUGACAGAAAACAAUAAAACCUACUUGGAA